UGUUUCGUUUGCAUUUUCGGUUCUUUGUUGUCCCGUGUGCGCGGCGAUAUAUUCUGUGAUAAAGCGUACUUAACCAAUUCGUUAAUGUUAUCAAUUUAGUAAUGCUUGGGUGGUGGGCUAACCGCAUACCUGUUAACGUGUGCGCGUAACACAAUAUUAUAAACGUGCCACCAAACAAACGACAACAAACAUCAUCAACAUAACAACACCAAUAGAAAGAAAACAACACAAGAAGAUAGCAGCGGACACAGACAACAAAAACAGAACAAGGAAGGAGGAGAGGAGCAGCGCUGCAGUCAGCUUUUGUAUGUCGUCGAUGAGAGCGAGAGAGAGGGAGAUGUGUAAUUUUAUUCAAAACACCUAAGAAGCGAGCCAGGGGCACAGCUAUAACGACGACGACAACGACGGCGACGAGGAGGAGGAAGAGCACUUCGACUUCGACUUCGAAUUCGACGAUAGCAACGUCACGAUGAAGUUCGCCGAGCAUCUGUCGGCGCACAUAACGCCCGAGUGGCGCAAGCAGUAUAUCAACUAUGAGGAAAUGAAAGCAAUGCUCUAUUUGGCCGUUGAGGAGGCACCUUCGGUGGACAGCGUGGAGGAUGAGGUGCUAAAGCGACACUUUGCCAACUUUGAUGAGAAUUUCUUUCACUAUUGCGACAAAGAGCUGAAGAAGAUCAAUACGUUCUACUCUGAAAAGUUGGCAGAGGCAACGCGUAAAUUUGCCACGCUCAAUGCAGAGCUCAAGUCGAGCAUUGAGGAAUCGGAGAGGACGGCGAAAAAGUCCAAGGGGCAAAAGCGGCAUGCAGCGUUGCCCGAUCGCAAAGCACGCGAAUUGAAAUUGGCCUUCAGUGAGUUCUACUUGAGUCUGAUUCUCUUGCAGAACUAUCAGAAUCUGAAUCAUACGGGUUUUCGCAAAAUACUCAAGAAACACGAUAAGUUGCUGCGAGUGGACAGCGGUGCAAAGUGGCGGCAAGAAUAUGUGGAGGCAUCGCAUUUCUUUAUCAACAAAGAUAUUGACAACAUUAUCAAUGAGACCGAAACGACGGUAACCGGUGAGCUGGAGGGCGGCGAUCGACAGCGGGCAAUGAAAAGAUUGCGUGUCCCUCCGCUGGGUGAACAGCAGAGCCCGUGGACAACAUUCAAAGUGGGCCUCUUCUCGGGCAGCUUUAUUGUGCUCGGCAUCGUUGUGGUGCUCUCGGCGAUAUUCCAUGAUAUAAGCGGCGAGAAUCUAAAGGUCGCAUUUCGUUUAUAUCGCGGCCCAUUGCUGAUCAUUGAGUUCAUCUUUUUGAUUGGCGUCAACAUCUACGGCUGGCGUUCGUCGGGCGUCAAUCAUGUGCUAAUCUUUGAACUGGACCCGCGGAAUCAUCUCUCCGAACAGCAUCUCAUGGAGCUGGCGGCCAUUUUCGGUGUCGUGUGGACACUGAGCAUGCUCAGCUUCCUCUACCACACCAGCCUUAGCAUACCGCCGUUUAUCAAUCCGCUAACACUCACGCUGAUUAUGGUACUAUUCCUGGCCAAUCCGUUUCAUGUGCUGCAUCACGAUGCACGUUUUUGGUUGAUGCGCAUCACCGGCCGUUGCUUGGCAGCGCCAUUCUUUCAUGUGGGCUUCGCGGAUUUCUGGCUGGGCGAUCAAUUGAAUUCGCUGGCCACCGCCAUACUGGACUUUGAGUAUCUCAUCUGCUUUUAUUUCACCAAUGGCAAUUGGUCACAGGCAACGGAUGCAUCAAUCUGCAUGGAAAAGGAUUUCAUAGUCCGACCCAUUGUCAAUUGUCUGCCAGCCUGGUUUCGUUUUGCGCAAUGUCUGCGACGUUAUCGUGACUCGCGAGAGGCUUUUCCCCAUCUCGUCAACGCGGGCAAAUAUUCCACGACCUUUAUGGUGGUCAUCUUUGCCACACUCAAGAAUUUCAACAGUCCCAAUUAUGCGAGCACUUUUGAUAAUCCCUAUACUUGGUUGUGGAUAAUUGCAUCUAUUGUGUCGUCCUGCUACUCCUACACCUGGGACAUCAAGAUGGAUUGGGGUCUCUUCGACAAGAAUGCCGGCGAGAACACAUUCCUACGCGAGGAGGUCGUCUACUCAUCCACGGGCUUCUACUACUUUGCCAUACUCGAAGAUUUGGCAUUGCGGUUCAUUUGGGCCUUGUCCUUCUAUCUGACCGAAAUGAAGAUUGUCAGCGGCGACAUUAUGACAUCCAUCACUGGCAUCCUGGAAGUCUUUCGUCGGUUCGUUUGGAACUUCUUUCGGCUGGAGAACGAGCAUCUCAACAAUUGCGGCAAGUUCCGUGCCGUGCGCGAUAUUUCUAUAGCGCCGCUCGACUCGUCCGAUCAGACACUGAUACUGCGCAUGAUGGAUGAAACGGAUGGCGUAAUUAAUCGCUAUACGAAAACGAAUCGACCCAAGCCCAAGAAGGUCAAGGAUCCCGAGAAGCGCAGUCUGCUGCAUACGCGUGGUUCGCUGCAGGAUCUGAGCAUUGAUAUCGAUGGCAGCAAAAAGCUUUAAGACUCGCAACAAACUCCGAAACCGAAUCCGAAACUGUAAACUGUAAAACCCUUAAUCCAUUCCUCAAUUUGUUCUCUCAGCAAGCUUCCUAGCAAACAGAUUUGGUUUAUUAUUAUUAUUUUUUUUGUCGAACGCGUUUAAAAAUUAAUUUUGUUCUUGUCACGAUUAUUAAGAAUAAUUGUAGGGUUUUUUUUCGCGUGUUUAGUUAAUGUUUACAACUAGUUACUUAAGUACUUAAAAACACAUUUUUUUUUGAAAUGCCAGCCCCCGAUUCCAGCAAUAAUUAUAACUUAAGUUUUGAAUACAUACUAAAUUAGCAUUCCAUUAGCGCAUCUAACAAAAGGAAUUGGACCGAAAGGAACCUCCCCUCUUUCCUCCCUAAGUCAAAAUAAUUCUUAGAGCGGCAGUAUUACUUAGAAAGGCAAAAACCAAAACCCCAUCCCAUAGAUAGAGACUUGAAAAGAGACCGAACGAAACAUUGGCAAUACCCUAUAGCAAAAAACAACAAAAUAAUCACAUUCCUCUUGAUAGCUAAACAUAAUGAAACCUUAAUUAAGCAUUAGUCAAUUAGGUGAAUUGCCUUCUCUUUUAUUUUUGUAAAUGUUUGCAAUUUUUGUACAACACUGUACUUAGCAUAUUAUUAUAGAGUUGUGCUGUUUAGUUCAAUUUAUUUAUGUGUGUGUGUGAGUGCCUGAUUCUCAGAUAUCGUAGAAGAUUGACAGCACGUAUUUCGUCGUUUCGUUUGUUUUUGAGCAAUUUCAAUGUAAUCGAACAGACUUUGAACGUCUAACGUUAGCAAUGUACCAAGUAUAAAAAGUAGAAAGUUUAAUGAGUAGCAAGAUUGUAGAGAGCGGCCUUGUCUUGUCAACCCUUCACCCCACCCCAAAUCCCUUACGAUUUUUUUUGUUUGUUAUACAAUUUUGUACAUAAUACGAUUCAUACAAUACUUAUAUACAAAAAAUAUAUAUGCGAUAUAUA